AAUAUUAUAUUUGGGUUUGGACUUUCUGCGAAUUUCAACUUCCCACAUUCCCUCUAGAAAUCAACCUAUAUGUCCAUCCGUUACCUUACCGCGCAGCUGGCCCAACAGAUUGAUGAGGAGCUUAUGAAUGCUGUUGGGGCGUUCAGUUUGGAUCAGUUGAUGGAGCUGGCUGGGUUGGCCUGCGCCCAAACGCUAUCUACAGUGUACAGCAAGGAAAAGUAUCCGAAAGUCUUGGUAUGUUGUGGACCAGGAAACCAAGGAGGAGAUGGAUUGGUUGCGGCUAGACAUCUUGGGAUGUUUGGUUACAAGCCAACGAUAUACAUGCCCAAGCCAGGCUCAAAAGACAUCUAUAGGCGCCUGCAAAAACAAUGCAUCAACAUGGACAUCCCCAUCGUUCCACCUGCAGCAUCUGCUGAGGAGCUGCCUCACCUCCUUCAGUCCUCGAACCUUAUCCUGGACGCCAUUUUUGGGUUUUCGUUCAAACCGCCAGUGCGGGCACCGUUUGAUGAUGCACUGAAGCUUAUAUCUGCAUCCGGGCUCCCGAUUGUCUCGGUGGAUAUUCCAAGUGGAUGGGAUGUCGAACUCGGAAAUGCAGAAGGCGUCGGGUUGAAUUCUGACGUCCUGAUCAGUCUGACAGCGCCAAAGGUAGGAGCGAAAUACUUCAAGGGAAGACAUUUCCUCGGAGGGCGUUUCGUACCAAAGGCAAUGCAGGAGAAGUUCCAGCUCAACCUUCCUGAGUAUCCUGGAUUCGAUCAAAUUGUGGAACUACCGAGGAACUAUAUAAUGUAGCUUUAUCUAUGGUAUUAUGACAUGGGUAGGAGUGAUAUGACGGUUGCACUGUCAAAUAUGAAUGCACCCAUCAGACAAACGACGCCGCUCACGGCAUGAUUUAAAUUUUCCUCUUUCCAGCUUCCUACGAUAUUUACAUGAUGGUUUCAACUCGUCGAGAGCUUCAUGGGUAUACAACAACGAUAGCGGACACCACAGGAUGAAAUUUGACGACUCAAUGAUUCCUAUGAGUGUAUGUCAGUACAGUACAUAACUUAAAGUUGAACC